GAACUCCAACAGCAAGAUGGAGUAGGAAACCGCUUUCCCACUCUUCUCCAAACUGCUGGCUUUGCCACCCUCUCUCGGCCUUAUAACAUAUCCCCAUUGCUUCCCUUCUUCUCCGUACUGCUCUCCUUCCUUCUAACACUACUGUGUUGUUCCCGAUCUGAUCGGCAUCGAGGCAAGGUGAAGAUGAGUUGCAAUGGGUGUCGGGUCCUCCGGAAAGGGUGCAGCGAUGGCUGCACCAUCCGCCCUUGCCUUCAGUGGAUAAGGAGCCCCGAAGCCCAGGCAAACGCCACCGUCUUCCUCGCCAAGUUCUACGGCCGUGCCGGCCUCAUCAACCUCAUCAACGCCGGUCCUCCUCAUCUACGCCCUGCUAUUUACCGGUCGCUGUUAUACGAGGCCUGCGGGAGGAUUAUUGACCCCGUCUACGGCUCCGUCGGCUUGCUCUGGUCCGGCAGCUGGCGGGUCUGCCAGGCCGCCGUCGAGUCCGUGCUGCUGAGGGGCGAGCCAGCCACCCGUUUCCCAGCUGACGCGACCGACCCCAAGCCGCACGACAUCCGCUGCAUGACAAGGAUCCCCUCUGACAUCGGCGCCGGGGCCAACUGCGACCUCCACAAGGCGACGGCCAACUCCCGGGUCCGGUUCAAGCGCUCCGCUAACGCCCUGAGGCCACCCUCCUCGCCAAGUUCUGACCCGUUCGCUGAGGGGAUGCAUCAGACCGAGGCGGAGGGAAAGCUGCCGGAAGAGACGGUGCAGGAGGACGAUGCUGAUGAGCUGGACCUCACUCUUGGGUUCGAACCGGCAGCACGGGGAGCAGCCGGUGGACGUGGACCAGUAAUACGACAGAACGGGGAGGGGACGGCCUGGUUCUCCGAGGGGUGUCCGGAGGAUCUGCGGCUGAGACUGCGUUGAGAGUCACGCAACAGUCGUAGAUCACAAUCAUAUCUUGAUGUUCUAAUGGGUUUUGGUUUCUUUGUGCUACAAGUAUAAGAAGAAGAUGCAUGUUCAUGCUUAAUAACAUUUCCUGUUAUGUUA